AUGGCUACGAGAGUGAACGUGACGCCGGCCCAAAAAAUCCCUUCGGCGUCUUCAAACACUCACCACUAUGCUCUGAAACAAGUUGUUGGGAAGGGCGCAUAUGGUAUUGUCUACAGGGCAAUUAAUCGUCAAACCCGUAAACAGGUUGCCAUAAAAGUUAUCGAGUAUGAUGAGGAGGAAGAACUCAACGAGCACAUGCUCGAAAUAGACUUGUUGAAAAACCUGAAACAUGAAAACAUAGUCAAGUACCAUGGCUUCAUUCAGAAAUCACACCAGUUAUUCAUCUUGUUAGAAUACUGCUCUCAAGGAUCAUUGCGCGACCUGAUUAAGAGAGGACCCGUCGAUGAACAAGAGUGCAAAACUUACAUCCGCCAGACACUCCAUGGACUCAAGUACUUACAUGAACAAGGUGUUAUCCACAGAGACAUUAAAGCUGCGAAUCUGUUAUUGGAUGCUGAGAAUGUUGUCAAACUCGCAGAUUUCGGGGUUUCUACUCGAGUCAAUAACUUAGCAAUGACCUACGCAGGUUCACCCAACUGGAUGGCACCUGAAGUAAUGGUAGGGGAAGGAGCUUCUACAGUUAGCGACAUCUGGUCGCUAGGUGCAACAGUGGUUGAAAUCCUGACUGGUAACCCUCCCUUUCAUAACUUGGUGAAUGAAGCUGCAUGUUACGCUAUAGUACACGAUGCAUAUAUCCCCCCAAAAACCUUAUCGUCAACCUGCCGAAAGUUUUUGCGGGCAUGCUUUCAAAAAAGCAUGUUCAAACGACCCAGCGCUGAGGAACUGCUGAAUCACGAAUGGCUGUAUGAGACAAAACAACCAAUUCUGGAAAAGUUCAAAGAAAAUGCAGCGGAUGAUUGGGGCCGAGACUUUAUUGAGGUGGAGGUUUCGCCUUUCAAGGAACACGACGUGAACAAUGGUCAACAGAACCUCAUUCGGCUUAGCCAAUCUUGUGGGCAGUGCAAUCCUCAUAUUAUUUACAGCGAAUGCAGCUUCACCGAUAUAGCCUGGUGCCUAAUUGACUUGUGCAGGCGCGGUCAAUUAAACAAUGUUCACGAAAUGUUUGCAUAUGAUUUACAGUAUAACUCUGGAAGAUGUCGCGAUCUCUUCAUUGCACUCGGAGGCAUUUCCGCCUUACUAUGUCAUUUAGGGAGCACAGAAAAAAUCCUGAACGUAUUCUUCAUUGAACAUGCCACUGAUAUGAUAAAGUGUGGGAUUUUGCCACACUGCAAGCUUUUGACUAGCCCUCAACUUAUUCUAAGUACUGUUUCUGCAUACUAUGAGAUUGUGGACUUUGAUAGCUGGUGUCGCUGGUGUUCUGGGCUCCCAAACCUGGGAAAUGCAAUAGCGGCUGAACUUGAAAAGGAAGACAGCCUAGCAGAGGAAACGCUUUUACGUCUUUCAGAGGCGGUUUCUUUCCCGCUCGAGAAAGAGUUUGUAAUGAAAUUGAUGUCAUUGCCACUUGAGAAAAGCUCAAAGUUGAGCUACAUAAUUUUCAAGAGUUUCAACAACUUCUUGGAGAAAAAGGAAGUGGCGUCUUCAUUGUCAGAUUCGUAUGACUCGAACAUACUCUCUACUCCGCAUUCAACGCCAAUGCCUUCAAACUCAAGGAUUCACAACUUCCCUUCUUUCACGGGGCGUACGAUUCUGCCCGAAGGAUUCACAGAGUGGCUCCUCAAGCUAACACCAACAGCUUCAAGUGAUCCACAUCUCCUCAAAAACUUCAUCGAGCUUUGCUUUAAUGCCAGCCAUUUGAACAACACUGUUUUAGGGGAAAUUGUUGAACAUGGCGGUUUCUUUAAACUCAUAAGGCAGCUUACAGAACACUUUGAAAGAGACUCUAAAAAGAAGUACACGAAAACAAUGCUGUCAAUAGCGUUGAACUUGUGUGUCGAGCUGUCGCAAGAGCUCACAAAGCCCUUCCUUUCAUGCGCUGUCGAUGUUGCCCUACGGUUCUUGAAAAUUCCUGAAUUCAUUACGGGUGGUACCGAAAUUUUAUUGCACUGCUUUCUGUUUGCCAUCCACGAGAAUUUUGAGGUUAAAGAAGAUUCUUCAGACAUACUAAUCCAUUGUGACCAGGCUUGCAUACAGAUUCCUCGAAAGGCACUUUUGAGGACCUUUUAUUCAGAAGAGCCAAAGUUUGGUAACUACAUUACGAAGUUUACAAAGUUAUGUUCUUUACCGCCCUGUGGAACUUUAGCCACAGAAAUAGUGUCUCAUCCUCUAUUCAUGGAGAAAACAAAAACUCUAUUUGCAGUCUACCGCAGCAGCUUGAUUAUUCAAAUUGAUUUUCUGAAAUUUCUCAAAUUAAUAUUGACAAGAUAUGCAGAAUACGCGCCGCGCUCAACCAAGAAAGACAUUACUUCAGAAGCUCUUAUAUCAUCUGCAAUUUUGCAAAGGGACUCAGAACCUUAUCACGACGUCAUAUCCUCUGUAGCAGAUUUUUUGCGUUCUAACUGGCAGACUGAAGGGUCACUGCAAGGGCAAGUUGGAACAGAUUCUGUGUUAAUAAGGCAGCUUUGCUAUGAUAUCAGCCUAUUGGGGGCCGAGAAGCCCCUAAUCAACCCCAAACGCGUUGACAAGAGCGGUUUUGUUGUGCCUGCAUAA